CUAGGUCACGUGGUGUGACGUCACGCAGCGAGGUCACGCUAAAGGUCAAUGGUGCCUACCACCGCCUCGCCACGGAACGGGCUGAAGUGCGACCUAAAGUAGUAUUGCUUCGCAAUAAAAGGGGCUUAUGUGAUGUGUGGUGCGCGACAUAGUGCGCGCGCCGAGGGAAAUUCCGUGCUGGAGACAACGCCGAAGAGCGUCCGGCACGUGAACGCGCGGCGCAAGAAAAACAACUAAAAGAAGAAAAGCAAGCCAAUUAGGAAAGACCACGGGGCAUCAGGCAGCCAAUCGGAGAAUGACUAAUCGGCAAAACACAAGAAAAAGCGUGCUGCGCUGGCAGAAAGGAGACGCAAGGGAGACGCAGGGGAGACGCCGGGAGAGUUCAGGAAGCGACGCCAGAAGGAGGUCAACCACCGGAGCGGGCGUUGAAGACGGGCCGUCGGGUUCCGGACCCGAGCCACCAGGACUUCACCCGACCGGGGCCUCCUGCCAAGCUGUUCCUGUGCGUCGCCCGUCUACCCGAGCAUCCCGUCAUCUCCUCAAGGCCGGUGAGCUUCUGCGCCCGUGGGCAGGACGAGAACAGUCAGGGUACGGGCCCGAGUUCUACGCCAGCUGCCCGGCCAGAACGCCGCCUCCGCCUGCCGUGCCGCCUGCUGCCCGAGGCCGGCGUUCGAGUUUCUGUGCCCGUGAGCAGGACAAGAGCAGUCGGGCUACGGGCCCGAGCUCUGCACCCAGCUGCCCGGCCAGAACACCGCCGCCGUCUGCUCGUGCCACCAAGCCGCCUGCUUCACCUCUCCAGACCAGAGAUGGCCAGCUCCGGACGCCCGGUCAACCAACUUACACCACGACCUUUGCCAGCGGAGAACGACCGCACGUGAUGUCACCCUACUAACCUGUUAAAACUGACCUGUCGAUGAUGAGAACGCCACCAUCGAGAAAAUAGACAACCUGUUGAAGCGUAGGCCAGCCUUUCCGAAGCACCUGAUAUCUGUUCCAAUAAUUCUGCACAAAAUAAAGCAAU